GCGACAUCUUUUUUUGUUCUAUACAUACCUAACCUAAAUUACUGAGAUAACUACCCCAUCAUUAACAUUUGGUAUUCCCGUUGGCGCAACGGGUUUUUACCAUAUUAUCGAAUUGACUCAAUGUCUAAUUGACCGUCAAUUUUCGAAACCACCAGAAGUAACCGAUCUUCCCGGCUGCCCCGGGUCCUGAGGCCCUCCCGAUCACAGCCCUAUCAGGAUCCCCUCGACCCCAUUUCCUAACCCGCAUCGCGCCUCGGUAUUCCAUAGAAACAAAGUUCUUCUGAUACUGAGAAAUGGACGACUCCUCACCUCCCGAGAGUAUCGACAACAACAAGGAAAAGAAGAAGAGCAGAAGACCCGCCAAUACCGCGUUUCGUCAGCAAAGGUUGAAAGCAUGGCAACCCAUCCUCACACCGAAGACGGUUAUCCCGCUCUUCUUCGUCAUAGGAAUCAUAUGUGCCCCAAUCGGUGGGUUAUUAAUCUAUGCCAGUUCUACAGUUAAGGAAUUGCGCAUCGAUUAUACCGACUGCUUUCGGGAUUCUCCCACCACCGACGACUCUGAACUGAUGGAUACGAGCUUAGUCUUUCCGUCCUUCAAAGACAACAACACUAUCAACGCCAUGUGGAAACAUUCCAUAACCAAUCAAACUUUUGGCACCCAUGUAGUUGAGAAUGUCACCAUGUGCACUUUGACCUUUGCGAUACCUGAAGAGAUGAAGCCACCUGUCCUUCUCUAUUAUCGCCUUGAGAACUUCUACCAGAAUCAUCGUCGCUAUGUCCAGUCAUUCUUUGAUAAACAGCUUGCGGGCGAUGAUGUCACAAUUACCGAGGUUUCCAACUCCAACUGUCAACCCUUAGCAACAACUAAUGGUACACACCCGGACUCGAGAAUGUACUAUCCCUGCGGCCUGAUUGCCAACUCGAUAUUCAACGACUCUUUCAGCAGCCCCCUACUCUUGAAUCCGCCAGGUUCAGUCGGCCAAGAUGGAGCCCCGCCUAACGAGACCUAUUAUAUGAAGAACACUUCGAUUGCCUGGGAGUCGGAUAAAGAUCUGUAUAAACCGAGAGUGAGCAACAACUACGACAACAUCGUCCCGCCCCCCAACUGGCAGGUCCGAUAUCCCGGCGGUAACUACUCGGCCGAGAAUCCCCCGCCAAACCUGCACGAAGACGAACACUUCAUCGUCUGGAUGCGUACAGCAGGUCUACCGACCUUCAGCAAACUGUACAUGCGGAAUGAUACGAGCCCGAUGAAAGCGGGUAUCUAUUCUAUGGAUAUUUACGACAAUUUCCGCACAGACCAGUACCAGGGCAGGAAGAGCAUCGUCAUCACCACGAUAUCCGUCAUGGGCGGUAAGAAUAACUUUUUAGGUAUUCUCUGGCUAGUUGUUGGCGGCUUUUGUAUCGCAUUGGCGCUAGUGUUCCUUAUCACCAACCUCAUCAAGCCCCGGAAGCUCGGCGAUCAUACCUAUCUAUCCUGGAACAACACCCCAUCUUCGGCGGCCGCAAAGGGCAAGGGGAAGGCAUCCGGCCCAGCGAUAGGUAUGGCGACUGGUCGCGAUCUGUCGUAGGGGACGAAUCUGCGCAGGCCGACGCCUGUUAAAAGCGACGCACGACAGGGUCGAAGUGGGAUAGCUGUGCCAACAGCACAGGAGCCACUCAGGGAAUUAUCGAUAGCAACGCCCGAGUUUGAUAUUCCCCCAGGAGACCAGGUUGCCUUAUCAAGAUCUGAGCUCCCGUGGCCGUAUCUUUCCGCAUCGCGGUAUCAACGAAUUUACGGCGGUGAGACGGAUGGCGAAUCCUCACGAAGAGGGGUGGGGUUCGGAUUGGGUCUAAGGUGAAAAGGGGGGGAAAAAGGCCAUUUUCUGAGAAGAAAGUUUGGCGGAUAUGACACUGGGGGUCACGUCACUUGUUUCUCUUUUAUUAUCUCUUUUCAUUUUUUUGUCAACGGUAUUCUGGAAGACAGGCAUAUAUGCGGAUGAAGGACAAGGCCCUUUCCUACCUAGCUACCUUAGGUACCUUACCUACUACUUGUACGAGUACGUUUAGCAUGCUGCGACCGCCUCUAUUUUUUUUUUCUCUUCCCAACGGGGCGGCUAGCAAGAAGCAAUGCAGCAAGGAUUGUCUAGGAGUUUGACGGCGUUUUCGGUUGCGUUUGGUGCUGAAUUUGUCCCUUUUCUUUUUUUUUUUUUUCCCUUCAAGUUUCUUCGAUUCAAUUCGAUUCG